AUGGUGACUCCGGGUUUCAUCAGUAGUACAGUCGGUGCACGCGGUAUGUCGUCGCGUUCCUGCAAAGCACUGGCGCUGAGCAGGAUUCCUGUACUAGUUACCUGGCGGCGGACUCGGCUGAACGCUGCGAAGCACCGCGGUGGCUUGCGCCUCUCCCAAAAAGCCGACGACCAGGCUUCACCUUCGGAAUCAAAGCAAAAGUCUGAACAGAGCGGUGCGUUAGAUGGGAAACAGCAGACAACGGGUGUGAACGACUCGGAGCAGUCGCUUCGGCAACUGCUUGGGAUGCGAGGCGCCAGCAAAGAAACGAACAAGUGGCGAAUUCGCCUGCAGCUUAUGAAGCCUAUCACCUGGAUUCCACUAGUCUGGGGAGUUGGCUGCGGUGCAGCUGCCUCCGGGCAAUACCAAUGGAACGAUCCACAGGACAUUGCAAAGCUAUUGCUCUGCAUGAUCCUGUCGGGUCCGGUGUUGGCUGGCUUCACCCAGACGCUCAACGACUGGUUCGAUCGCGAGAUCGACGCUGUGAACGAGCCCUAUCGGCCGAUACCAUCCGGAGCUAUUUCCGAAGGUGAAGUCGUUGCGCAAAUAUGGGCGCUUCUCUUCGCCGGACUCGGCUUGGCAUACGGUCUCGACCUGUGGCAGGGGCACCAGUUUCCCCGGGUGCUUGCUGUAGCGUUGUUUGGAACCUUCCUUGCAUACAUCUACUCAGCGCCGCCUCUGAAGCUGAAAAAGAACGGAUGGCUAGGGAAUUAUGCACUCGGAGCAUCGUAUAUUUCACUGCCGUGGUGGGCGGGCCAGUCGCUCUUCAGCGACAACCCGUUAGACUGGAAAAUCAUCGCACUAACGCUUCUCUAUUCUUUUGCUGGGCUUGGCAUAGCGGUUAUUAAUGAUUUUAAAUCCAUCGAGGGUGACAGAAGACUGGGGCUAGCCAGCUUGCCCGUGAUGUACGGUGUGGACACAGCCAAGUGGUUGAGUGUAGGCCUCAUCGAUAUUUUCCAGGCGCUGGUAGCGGCCUACUUGGCGCUUGUUGGCGAGACGGGGUAUGCACUAGCGCUCGUUGCGAUGAUUCUGCCGCAAGUGUACCUGCAGUGGAAAAUAUUUUUACCGGACCCGAUGCAGAACGACGUCAAGUACCAGGGUGCUGCCCAGCCGUUUCUAGUUUUUGGGAUUUUGAUCACCGCGCUGGCGAUUGGUCAUCAUGGACAAUUGUAG